GUAAAAAAUAGUUACAAAAGAUAUCAAAUUAGAACUUUAAUCGUUAUUUCGUAAUAUCAUACAAUGCAUGGCCUUAUAAAGGUGAAUAGCACUCACUUCAUUCACACAAAUUAAAGAGUUGUCUUAUCGGACACUAUAAAAAUCAUAUUGAUAAUUAAUUAAAGGAUAUCCAUUUAAACUACACUUAUAUAGAUAAGUUAUCAUAAUGGAUAAUUGGACUAUUAUAAUUGUGCUAAUCCUAGCAAGACAGACAUUUAUUCAAGCAGAUUCAAACCACACUUUCACUGACGAUUAUCCCGGAACAGAAGGCCACGGAGCGAUAAUGAAAGACGAUUCAAACUCUAAAGAAAUCAUUGCGGCGGCUGUAAUUGGUAUCAUUUGCUUUGUCUUGUUGGCAAUGUUACUAUUAUAUUACAAAUUCGGUGACAGAAACAUUACAUGUUACACUAAGGACGACCACGCUGCCAAAGCUGAUCAAGAUUUUGAACUAAAAGAAAUUUUCAUCACAGACCCAGUUGAAGGUGGGAGCGACAAUGUUUAGAUCCAAAAUUGAUGGGAAUACGUAAACACGAGAGGGCGGUGCAGGGCUGCGGGGUUUAAGCCUUUCCUUGAUGGUAAACAGUUGAACAAAGUACAAAACGAAAUACAUCGAAAAUGUACAUAUAUACCAUCAUAAAGUGUUUAAAACAACAUCGAAUUAUCACACCAUUACUUAUUGUGUGCAAUAAAGUAACAAAUCUGGCAACUAAAUGAGGUCAUUUUAAGUCUGUGCUUAUGUCAGUUGAAAAUGAGUCGGCUUACUUUUGACAUUUUUCCACAGUGAUUGCUCCCCGUUUUUUAUUGACAGUAAGAUAUUAAAUGCCUCAAAAAUGACCUAAGUUAUAUCGGUAUAUGGACAAAGCUACACGCACUACAUGAAGUUGUCGUUCGUUCAGCUCAACCCCCUCAAAUCACCAGUUAGAACGGUUUACAUGUUUUUAGCGAAAGAAGCAAUUGACUAACACAAGAUAAAGAUAUGUUAAGACAUUAUCAAUUUAUUAUUUUACAAGUUAAAUUUAUUGAACAUGUUAGUUCUUACAAAGGCUACUGUAUAACGUGUAAAAUAUGUGACCGGGGUUUAUUAAAACGUCUUUAAAUUGAGUGA